CUCGGUUGAAACAAAAGGCAAAAGAAUAGAAACUUGCCAAUAGAAACCCUCUUCACGCCCAAUAGCUCGAUCUCUCCCAGUCUGAAACUUGCCAGCGCGCGGCAGCGAGUCUUCCAUGUCCGGCGAGCCCUCCAUGGCCGACAGAACUCCCUCUCUCUCGUCACUUUGAAAUUCCACCCUCUGGCGAAAUCUCCUCCACCGACGCUCUAGCAAUGAGCACUAAUUCUUCGCCGUCUAAGUCGACGGCGGAAGGAGAGCUGCCGAACUCGCUACUGCCGCAGACGAAAUGUGACUCCAAAAGGCGACCUCCGCCGAAGUCAGCGGCCGAUGAAGAGUCGGCGACGGCGGAGGAGGAGACCACUGCUGCAGAGGAUGAAGUAUUAGCACCGGCGAACGAACCACAUCCUCCGCCUAGGUUUACAUGGGCGAGACCAUUAAUGCAAGGAUAUAAGGGCCGUAUCAACCAAUAUGUGCGCGAUGAGGUUGUGGAGCAUGUGAGGUUGACAUUAGAGCAAGUAGGUGGCGAGGAAGCUAUUGAGAGAUUCAAGGAAGGUCCAUUUGGUCAUUUCCUUGAUUUGAGGAUAGGAAAUAGUGCUAAUAAUGCGCUACAUGAGCUUAUGGCCCACGAGCUAGAAGAUGCUACCUUCUCAGAGCAGGAGAGAUGGUUUCACAUUGGUGGAACUGAUAUUGUAUUCACUGCACAAGAUUACACGCUUGUGACUGGGUUGGCGUUUACAAAAAAGAACUAUGAUCCCAAUUCGAAGAAGCAUGUGAUUUCUAAAACCUCCAUGUACCGUAGGGUGUCAAAAGGAAAAAAAAUGAAAAUCGACAUGCUUCGCCAUAAUUUUAAUGCACAACAGUUUGGUGACAAUGUGGAUGAUUAUUUGAAAGCUGCUAACAUAAUUUUUCUAUACCAUCUCCUCAUAUGCGGCGGUAAUGUGUGGAUAGCAGAUUGGGUGUGGGCAUUGGUAGAAGAUGUGGAGCGUUGGUCAAGUUUUCCUUGGGGAGCAUACUCAUAUCAGAUUUUGUGUCAUAGUAUGAGCAUUCUGUAUAAGCAUCCGGAUUUUUUCAGCGGUAGUACAUAUCACUUCUUUGGACCUAUUUGGGCUUUACAGAUUUGGUCCUACGAGGUCAUUCCGGCUUUAGGACAUGUUUGCGGAACCCGAGAUGAUGAGAUGCGAUUUCCUCGCUGUUUGAUGUGGAAGACACAUAAAAGCACGACUGAUUUGACUUCUUUUUUCGACCAGGAGUUACAGGUUGAGCCAUUGGAAGUUACUUUGACUGAAGAAUCUAAGAAUUAUUAUAUGAAGUUUGUAGAAUGGCAGAGAGGGAAGCUGGAUGUAUUAUUUGUAGCAUCCAAGAGAAAUGCCUGGAAGAAAUUGCCUUAUGCAAAACAAAUGGAGAUGUUUGGUAAGAAAACAAAAACAAUUUCUCGUCGAGCAGAUUCGGGCCCUUCUAAAAGAAAACAUAAGGAUAUCGAGCAUCCACGUCUUGAGGCACGCCACACAUCCGGGCAUGCCCGAAAGCGUCGCCCGAGUGCUUCCAAUGAGGCUGGACUGGAGACGGAGCCUUCUCUUAAAUGUUGUUUGCAUGGACUUCCAUGUCAGUCUUCUGAGAUUGAUGAUGAUGCUCAUUUUGCUCGUCUUGCUCAGAAAAUUGCUCCACAUAUGCCAGUAGAUGUUUCUGAGACAGGUUGGAUAGCUGUGCUUGGUCGCCAAUUAGUGCAGAUGACCAGCGGUAGACCGAGCACUUCACGAGCUUGCUCUAGUUCUCGUAGCAUCCCUGCUACGAGAAGUCAUGAUAACUUUCAUCCGAUGUCAUUCGAGCAUGAUGUUGAGCAGCCAACUAAGGAUGUCGUCGAGCAUUCUCAGCCCCUUGUGCCCUCCGAGCAUGAGCACCCAUCCGAGCAUGGUGUUGAGAAGCCUUCUGAGCAUGUUGUUGAGAAGCUUUCUGAGUAUGACCAGCCGGCUAAGCGUGAUGUUGACCAGCCAACUAAGGAUGCCGUUGAGCAUUCUCAGCCCCUUGUGCCCUCCGAGCAUGAGAACCCAUCUGACCAUGCUGUUGAGAAGCCCUUCGAGCAUGAGCAGCCAGCCGAGCAUACCGGUGAGGAUAUAGAUGGCGAUGGAGGUAUGUGUUGGACGUCUUCAGAUUCCAAAGAUGGAGGAGAUGAGACUUUGGCUCCACGACAAAGUAAGCCAUCUGCCCUGCUACGUAGUCCUUAUGUUGCUCCAAGUUCUCGUACUCCUGCAAUCAUAAGGAAGCUAUAUAAGGAGUUUAGAGAGUCCAGUGCAGAGCUCGCACCUCCUAUCAUCUCGAAUGGACAUCGAUUACCUCAGGAGUUCUUUAUGUCUAUUGAGGAUUCCACAUCCGAGUUUAGUGAAGAGGUUAUAGAUUUGUACUUGUUGUACAAAAGAGGGAGACUUAACAACCGUACAAAUAUAUCUAUUGAGGAUGUGUACUUCUAUAUGACUCUGCUCCGUGAGUUUGAGAAGUACCAUGGACCGAAUCCACAGACCAAGUCUAUUUGUGGGAAGUAUUUGUACAAAAAGUGGUCAUGUCCGAAGGACCUAAUUGACAUAGCAAAGAAGUGGAAAGUUAAUGGACAGGUUGUCAUGGUAUGCAAUGUGGACAAGACUCAUUGGGUCACAGUUCGAGUAUUGUUACAGGAGUGGGUAGUCGAGUUGUAUGACUCGAAAGCCUUUUGUUUGACCGAGAAUGAGUUAAAUGACAGAAAGCUUUGUGUGAAGCCCGUGACUCGUCUGCUACCUCGUCUACUUUAUUGGGCAGAUUAUUGGAAGAAAAACAAAUCAUCGUCGGAGAAAGUUUAUGAGAUGGAGCUGAGAGUUAUGCCACAGUCUGAGACUUUCUGUCAAGUAGACUCUGUCAGUUGUGGUGUCUUCUCAUGCAUGUAUGUUGACCGUAUCUUGAACACAUCUUCGAAUCGUCGCAAGACCGUUGACGAGAAGUUCUUGGCUGAUUACAGGUGUCACAUUGCUCGUAGUAUAUUUGGACUAACUAUGGAUAAAUGA